GAUGUCGACCUAACAUUCUCCUCCUCUUUUCCGCUUCUGAUACCGAUAGGCCAGUGGAAGAGCACGUUCCUCACUGGCGUAGCAGACAGCAGCCUAUAUACUUCUUUAACUUGCUGCUAUCUACCGGACUUGAACGCUGCAGCAGUUGCCGCUGGCAUUGACCCAUACUUGAACCGUCUGGCGGUGAGUUACGCAGCCCUGAAUAACGCGGUGGCCAACACGCCCGCAAUAUACCGCACAAAUUCCAGUUACCAACGUUUCUCCCCCUACUAG